CCCCAAUCUUUCUAUGAUUCUGUGUCCCCUUAUUUUUAAAAGCUGUAGGACAUGUAUUAUUAGUAUUCCUGUCAAUCUUGCCAUAGUUAAUCUCACAAUUAAUCUGAGUUCCCUUUUGAGAAAGUGGUUAUGCUUCUAGGCUCUUUCAGAACAAGAAGCUGUAAAAUCCUAUGCUUGAUUUGAAGGACACGGUUUAGUGGGUGUGGUGGUGAUGGGUUGGUGGUUGGACUUUGGUGAUUUUAGUGGUCUUUUCCAACCUUAAUGAUUUUCUGAAUCUUAACUGUGGCAGAGAUGUGCGUUCGGCUUAUAUGAAGUGCAUGGCUUGAAAUGCAAAGAGGGAGGCAAACUAUUUGAUUUCAGUUUGGAAUGGAUUAGGAUUAGUGACAAAAAACAUCCAAAGCAGUGAAGCUGGAAGAAAAGCCUUUGCAUUUCCCAGGGUAAAAUGUCUGGCUGAAUCUGACAGGAGAGCAGUGCACGUUGUUAUUGAUAUUCUGGUGAGGUGACCAGUGCUGCAUUGGAAAAAUGACUGUCCUGCAACUAGCUACCAUCUGUGCCUAGAAGUUUCAUUAAAUAUCAUCUGAAAAAAUCAUCUGUUUCCAUAAACGUGAUGAGCUGAUCUUGUUCAAUUGCCAACUCUGAGCUCAAAAGAUCUCUUCUCAUGUCACUUAGCUUCCUGGCAUUGAGAGAUUAAAGGAGGGGGAACCACUACCAUUUUGGAAUAAGAGCAGGGAGCUGGGGCGUGGAUUUGGAUGAAGGAAUUGGCAUUGCUGUGCAAAGCAGGUGCUGUAAGUGGGAACAUGGCUUUGUUUUUUUUCCAGACUUUUAGCUUAGACUACCUUUGGGAGGGUAGUUAAGGGUAAAUCUUACCUUGAGGGUGAGAUUGCUGUUUCCAAGAGACUGCUUUAAGUAUUCGUACUUAACAUUAUGUCAAUGUGUUAACAAUAUGUGGCACUUCAAAAACAAAGGCUGCAAAUUUUUUGCAGGGAUUUUGCCAGAAGUCGGUAACUACUGAUGAGCUUUGAUUCUCAUCUUCCUAUUUUGCUCUGCUGUUCCAGCUAUGUGGAUGCAUAGCACAGGAAAGCAAUAUAUCUAAAGUGAAGCAUAGUGGGUAGAUGAAUUUGCAAACCUAACCUCACGCUGGCAGAUGUUGGUUAAUGCCAUGAUUGGCUGUGUGCUGUCUUCUGAGAUGCACCUGAGGGCUAUGAUAUGGUUGUGUCUUGUUUGAGUCUCUUAGUUUUGGGAUAUGGGAUGAUGUCAUAGAGUGAAUUAAAGAAUGGUCCGGGUUGAAAAGGACCUCAAAGAUCAUCUAGUUUCAAUUCCCCUGCUGUGGGCAGGGUCACCAGCCAUCAGACCAGGCUGCUCAGAACCACUUCCAGCCUCGAGAUGUCAUUAGGAAAAUAGCUGCAUUUUUUCCUAGAAGAUUUUUUAAGACCUUGGAGUCUGUAGCCCUUUCUAGGGAAUGUAUAUGGUGAUGAAGUUGUACUUCCUGAUAACUAUUCCUGAUUUUAUUGCUGCAGCUACCAGGUGGUACUAACACAUCAGCAGGAGAGAUACUGCCACCUCCAAUGCUUGCAGGCCAAUUCAUUGCUCUCCCAGUCAGAGCCCAGGGUUCCCACAGAUCAGCUCAAAAGAAAACAAUAAUAAUAAUAAAAGCUGUAGUGUAAUCAUGUUGUCUACGUUUAGAUAGUUGAUAGCAGUAGGACUGGAGUAGCUCUGACAAAAUUGAUGGGAAUAAAGAGAGAGACUGGGAUGGAUAUUGAGGUGGAAGAAGUCGGAUCUGAGCCAGGCGUGGUUUACUGAGAAUAGGAUGAUGAUUUAGUGAUUUAGAGGAGAAUGGUGAGGAGAAACUGCAGUUUUCUUCACAGAACCUGCAUAAAAUGGGGGUAGUGGCUUAUUUUCACGUUGCAGGUAAUGGGCUGAAGCAUAGAGGGACUUAAGGUCAAGGCUGAUUCUGGCUACCUGCAGUUAAGAGGGGGUUUUGUUCCUGUGGAGUUGUACCUGUUCUUGGCUACUUUUUUCAUGCUUUCUUGUUUCUGUCUCUUAUCAGUUGAGUCCUGAAGGGCUGAGGGGAAUUUUCUUGACUGUAGGUUGUUCUUCAAGGUUUGGGGGAGCUCUGCUGGUUGAUCUUCACACCCAAGCUGACAUUGAUUCCUAAUUCUAGGCUCAGACUGCAAAAUCUUUAGUGUGGUGCUUCUAUCCUCUAUUUGAGGCUGAAGUGGCACUUGCUGUGCUCUGUCUGACCCUGGCAUUGACCCUGUCAUGUAGAGUGACACAGUGAUCCUUGGGGUGAUGGGAGAAAGCAGCUGCUAGGACUACAGACAACUUUUGUGUUUUCCUCGGAGUGAAGGUGCAUCUGCCAUGCAUACACCUUGAGGUGGUCCUGCUCUCGACAGGCAUAAGCUGCUCACAUUUUAAUACCUGGUAGAUUUAAUGAGCUGCUGGAUUCAAAACAGGAGCGGGUUUAGUGAUGAAGCAGACACCUGUCUGGGAGUGCAGUUCCUGUACAGCCCAGGUUUGGGAUUAUUUGCAAGCAGUGUUUUUUGUCUGUCCUUUGCCCAAGGGACGUGUGGCUCGGCUGCCUUUUGUUUUGCUCUUUCCUCCCCUAAGGAGGGAGGAACUGAGGAUGCUUCCCUUGCCAGAGUCCUUGCUGACCUCUGCCCAACCCUGGGAUCUUACUCCACCCUUGCCCUUCUUUCAGCUCCUGCACCAUUUCUCUCCCAUUUCCAGCCUUCUCUGCUUUCAGGGCUUGGAAAGCAAAUGUAUAAGCUUUCCUGCUUUGUUCUUACCUGAGCCUUAAUUGCACUGGGAUGGGUUGAGGGGGGAAAAAAAGUCAACCAUGUUCUGCGUGCUUAAAUCCCACUUCAUGUACCUUCUGUCUGACCCACUCAGCAUAAAGGAUGGAGAUGUGAGACCUGUUUUGACAUCUUUCCUGGGGCUGCUGUCCUAGAUGUGGUUGAGAUGGAGAAGCUAGAAUCAAGGAUUUUUUUUGGCUUACCCUAGGGUGAUUUUAUCUUUCUUUUAAUUUUUCCCUUCGUAGGGCUGCCUGAGCUCUUGUGGCAUCAGGGUGGUGUUAACCACCAAUAAUGAGUGCUUUGCAUUGGUGAGGAGAGGUUAUGGUUACUAUGUAUUAUGGAAGAUCCAAACCCCAGGUCUAGCAUAUUGCUUGGGAUUGAAAUGUUUGCAUGGGGGUUUACUGGCACCAUGUCUGUCCUUCCAUGUCUGUCCCGUUGUCCUGGCACAUCUGCCAGCCCUAUUUCAUACCUGAUGGUCGCUGUGAUGCCAAAGUCUCUUCUGUGCUCUCAUCAUCCCCUUUUUCUUCUUGCUGUUUUGGGCAACAGGGAUCCAAUCCUAAGCAGCAGCAGCAGAGAACUGCACUUGGUGCAAAGUGCUGGCUGUCUGAGCUGAAGGAAGACAGCAGAAGCUUGGAUAUUUCUUAAAGCCUUCAGAGCAGUUCGGAUGGGUCAGUUUUUCUCCAGUCAUUGAGGCAAAGGUGGUGAGGGAUGGUUGAGUUUAUCUGGCAUCCUACACUUCAGAUAAGCAAAUAAGAAGCUGCAUAAGAGCUUGUUGAGCCCCUUGUGCCCUCCAAGUCUACCCUGGGAGAUGCUGAGCACUCAUGAGGAGCACACUGACGUGCAGCUUGCAGCAGGAAGGGCUGCAGCUCUUGUCCUGCCUUGCAGAGUUCCUGUUUGUGGCUUCCCUUGCUCAAAGUGUUGGUUUCUUUUUUUUUGCAGUGCUGAGCUACUGGCUUGAGAUCCCUGCAAGACUGAAUGCACUGCUUUUAGCUGCUUCUCUUGGUGCUGCUGCAUUCAUAUUUGCUUUUUAAAAGCAAAUAUAUAAAAUAAAAUAUUUGAGAGUUUCCAUUGAAUCUUCUGCCUUGAAGCUCACUGUCUUCAUUCUGUAACAGUGGCCGAAGCAAGCUAAUGAAAUAUAUUCUUCCUGCUUCAAAUUAGGCAUCAGAAACUUGUCAGGAGAUGGGUAGGAGCUGCUGAAUAGUCCUAGCAGUGUGUUAAAAUAAUAAUAAAAUGACGUUCUAUAAUGUCACUAAUUUUUCUAAUAGAACAAAGAGCACACCACAAGAAUCCUCCAGCUGCUCUGCAAGAAAACAUCACAGCAAACCAGCUUUGUUGCUGAAUUGCAACUAGGUUAAACUCUAAUUAAAAUGUUGCAAAAGGGUGAGGAAUUGUCUGCUGUAAUUAAGAAACUUGUCUCUCUUCCUCUGUGCUGUCCAAUUCUGUGACCUGCUGCUUGGCUCUGUGGGAAGCUCCAAGUCUGUCUGUCCAUCUGCAUCUCCUUGGAAACCGCUGUUUUUCCUUGGUUUAAAACUGCUGGAUUGGCAGCACGGUGAUUGCCCUGCCGUGCGUGGAGUGGGUGAACAACUUGUGUUAAGGCAGUGGUACAGCUGAAAAAUACAAAUGUUUGGGGUCUGCAGGCCAAGAUUUCAUCCAGAUUUUGGAUCUGAGGGAGCCCGUUGCUUGGUGGUGUUCUGCUAAGGCCUGGCUUGCUGCAAGCAGAGCCUUAACUCUUCCACAUCCUUGUCAGGAGACACAGCUGCUCAGUGGUGCACCUGGAGAUGCAUUGUGUGUCAGUUCCACCAUUGGGGUCUUAAAAUCCGACCCCUCCCCCCCAACCUCCUCCUCCAGGCUCUGGUACAGAGCUGCAGGGAGGUUCAGUUGGUGCCGUUAGGCCGUUGGUGGCACAGCAGCUUGGUGCCAGAGCUCCCAUCCUCCUGUAUCCAAUGCAGGCCACAAGCAUGUGGCCGGACUGCAGGGCAGCUGUGUUGGAUGCUGGCCCUGCUGCCUGCUCUGGGGACCCGUGUGGGAACCCGUUGUCUCUUCCCUGUGGCAGCUGCCCUGUGAGAACACUGAGAAGGCCCUUGCAAGGCUGUGGGGCCACGAAGGCUGUGCGCUUUCAGCCCUUAUCGGCAGCUAUGGGGUACCUCAAGUGUGACACGGACGAUGGCUGCGAGGCCAAGGAGGAGACGGGGGGAGAGGAGCUCUUUGAUGCCGUGAACUCCUCCAUCGUUUCAGGGGACAGCAUCCGAUUUUUCGUCAACGUCAACCUGGAGGUGCCACCCAACAGUGCUGCUGAAAAUGAAAGUGCUGGCUGCGUGUUACUACACACAUCGAGGAAGUACCUGAAAUUAAAGAAUUUUGAGGAAGAAGUCAGAGCCCACAGAGACCUGGAUGGAUUCUUGGCCAGAGCCAGCAUCAUCCUUGAUGAAACAGCCACCUCUUUGGAUGAUGUCCUUCGCGAGAUGCUGAAACAUUUUGCUGAAGACCCCGAGAACACGGAGCCAAGCUGUAACUUUGAAAAAAUCAUGAGCACUUUAUUCACGGAUUCAGGGACCCCACGAGAAGGGAAUGGCAUCCAUGACGUUUCAGAGCCAACAGGAAUGAAUAUACAAACAUGUACAUCGCACCUCAAAUUUCACCUCUUAUCAGAUACAAUUCAAGGGGUCACAGCGACAGUCACAGGGGUGCAGUAUCAGCAGUCCUGGCUCUGUAUCAUUUGCACUAUAAAGUCCCUUCAGCGACGUCACGUUUGCAUCAGUCGCCUUGAGAGGCCUCAGAACUGGGGUGAGAACUCCUGUGAAGUCAGAUUUGUGAUAUUAGUCCUGGCACCUCCUAAAAUGAAAAGUACCAAAACAGCCACAGAAGUGGGCCGAACCUUUGCCACGAUGUUUUCGGAUAUAACCUUCCGGCAGAAACUGCUAGAAACCAAAACUGAAGAGGAGUUCAAGGAAGCCUUAGUCCACCAACGCCACUUGUUGACGGUGGUGAAUCAGAGACCCUCAGCAAUGAGCGAUGGGCACAUGCCACAUGGUCCUAAGCCACUCAAGCUGCACGAGUUUCUCAAUGUUGGCAAGGGGAUUUUUGAUGACAUUGCACGAAGAUUUCCAGUGUACGCGUUGGACUUCACUGAUGGUAUUAUUGGAAACAACAAGGCUAUAGGAAAAUACAUCACAACUAUGAUCUUUCUGUAUUUUGCCUGCCUCCUUCCAUCUAUUGCUUUUGGGUCCCUCAAUGAUGAAAACACCCGAGGAGCUAUUGAUGUGCAGAAGACAAUUGUUGGCCAGUGUAUUGGAGGGCUGCUUUAUGCACUCUUUUCGGGGCAACCUCUCGUCGUUCUCCUGACUACAGCUCCUUUAGCACUCUACAUUAAUGUCAUUCGAGGAAUCUGUGAUGACUACAACUUGGAUUUCAGUGCUUUCUAUGCUUGGAUUGGACUGUGGAACAGCUUUUUCCUUGUGAUGUACUCCCUCUUUAAUUUCAGUCUUCUGAUGAAGCUCUUUAAAAGGUCAACAGAAGAAAUAAUUGCACUUUUUAUAUCAAUCACUUUUGUGCUUGAUGCCUUCAAAGGCAUUAUUAAAGUUUUUAAGAAAUAUUACUACCAUGGGCGCACAGGAGACAGUUACUUGGAAAAAGCACGAACUGAUGCUAUUCCAAGCCUCGGCAUCAAUACCACCUUCUUGAUGAAUUCAUCAGUGAGCAGAUCCAUGUCCCUAGAGAAUCAAACAGGCACGCAUGAUGUGCAUUAUGGACGUGAAACUGCCGUCCUUAGUCUCAUGUUGAUGUUGGGUACCCUUUGGCUUGGUCAUACGCUCUAUCAGUUUAAGAAAAGCCCUUAUUUGCAUGCAAGAGUCCGUGAAAUUCUGUCCGACUGUGCCUUACCAAUUUCAGUUUUGACUUUUUCUGUUGUGGGUUCCUAUAUCUUCAAGGAAAUUGAAAUGUCCAAAUUCAACUACAACCCAUCUGAGAGCUUGUUUGUGCUGGCUCCUGUCCAGUCCCUCUCCAUUGGUUCAGUGAUGAGUGCUAUGGGGCUGGGGUUCCUCCUCUCAAUGCUCUUCUUCAUAGAGCAGAACAUUGUGGCAUCGCUCACAAAUGCUCCAGAGAACAGGUUGGUGAAGGGAACAGCCUACCACUGGGACCUCCUCCUCGUGGCACUCAUAAACACGGGGCUGUCCAUCUUUGGCCUUCCAUGGAUCCAUGCUGCCUUCCCUCACUCUCCAAUGCACGUCCGUGCUCUGGCCUAUGUAGAGGAGAGAGUUGAGAACGGGCACAUCUACGAGACGAUUGUGAGUGUGAAGGAGACCCGGCUGACAAGUCUGGUGGCAAACUUCUUGGUUGGCCUCUCGCUCCUGCUCCUCCCUUUCCCUCUUCAGUGGAUCCCAAAACCAGUCCUCUAUGGCCUCUUCCUCUACAUUGCAUUGACCUCCAUUGAUGGGAACCAGCUCUUUGAGAGGGUGGCUCUGCUGCUCAAAGAACAGACUGCUUAUCCUCCGACACAUUACAUCCGCAGAGUGCCCCAGAGGAAGAUCCACUAUUUCACAGGCCUGCAAGUCCUGCAGCUCCUCAUCCUCUGUGGUUUUGGCAUGUCACCCUUGCCCUACAUGAAGAUGAUCUUCCCGCUCAUCAUGAUAGGAAUGAUCCCAAUCAGGUAUAACCUGCUGCCUAGAAUCAUUGAAGCCAAGUACUUGGAUGCUAUGGAUGCAGAGCACUAAACAAGAUCUGCUGCAUGCGGAGCAGUGAGGAUGGCUCUUCUGGAGUUGGAAGGAUGGGGCAUCUUUGCCAAGGCAUAGAACAGUCUAUCUGCAGUUCUUUCUUUCACCACUUUCUUUCUGCUCUAAUAUGGCGUUGGUAAUGCACACAUAUCAAAGACCAAUUGAGCAUUGAAGUGUCAGACCAAAACAGCCAUUGGACUUGGGAGGCCAGUGAUCUUUGGAGCUGUGAGGCAAGCGAGCUGGAUGGAAAUGCCACUUUUCACAUCCCGAAACUGGAAGCCCUGAAAAACAGCAUGCCAUACAGUUGGAGCAUGCAUUCAGAUUUGUUGUGUGUUCCCUUGUUUGAGGGGUGGGGGAAAAUCCCUUUUGUAUGCGUCACGUCCCUUUUUUUCCAAAGCACUAUAAGGACAACAGCUGACCCUUUUACAGAAUGACAGUCCUAUUUUGUUUGGCCUUUGAAUUCCAUUUCCUAUUAAUUCAGUAUUUCCAAAUUGGUAUCCCAGGUGGGAUGGCCUCAUGGUCAACCGUUGUCAGGGGAAAUGUCUGUCUCUUCAGACUCAUUAGCAGAAGGGUUGGAAACAAGUUAGUUUGUGCUGAUACAACCCACAGCUUUGGAUGAAUAUUUAAUUCCUACAGAUGACCUGGAAGCACUCAAAAAUUGGGCUCGCGUGGUGACGUUGGUGAAACUGCAUCUGGGUCUGAGCUACUUGGGAAUUAUUUUGGCUCUUUCUAAUUUUACCACGGUAAUCAAACACAGAAGUGUAGUUUUGCACAACUGCAACGUUCUUGCUUGCACCCAGAGUCAGAUGCUGAAACUUGUCAAAGGGCAGUUGUGUUGGUGAUUGCAUAUACAUAUGUACAGUAGUGCCUCUGUGUACAUAUAUACAUAUGGAUUUGUGUAUAUAUUUUGCAUAGAUAUUCAAAUAGGCCUGUUCUUUCAAAAUAUCAGAAGUGUUUUGUGCAAUCAGUGUUACCUGUGGUGUCUUGACCAUAUCCUUGUUCUCUGCUUUAGUGCUGCUUUUUCUCAUUUGUUGUACAGUCCCUUGUUUUUUUUCUUCUGAAGCUGCUUGUUUGCUAUUUUUUUUUUGUUUCUUUAUUCAAGACAUUUCUUUGCUUUCCUCUUCCCAUGGCUUGAGAUCUUCAUCAUUCUGUCUUGGUGGUCUGAUAUGUGAAUUUUGCAUUUAAUUUUGAUGUACAGCAUGCAAUGAAAGUUCUCCUCCUUUGCCUAAUCAAUAUUUGUUGGUCAUUUCAUUGUUUCUGUUCUGUGACUAAUCUCCAGGUUUUUCCCCUGCUCCCAGACAUUAUAUUAUAUUUCUGGAUGAAUCUAACUUCUGCAGUCUUUUAUAUUUCAGUUUAUUUUAUUUUGCUUGUACAGUGGUCAGUUUUCUUAUUUGAAGUACUGUGAAACCAGCUGCCCUUUAUGUCAAUGCCUGCCCAUUGCUGCACGCUACAGAUUGCAGGUAAAACUUCAAGGAAAGUGGAGUCCUAGCUAAACAUCACACGUUGGGCUUUCAGUUGGUCCUGAAGGCAGCAAGGGUAACUCACAUGAUGUCUGAGCAAUGGUGUGAUACUAAAUGCAAACCUGUGCACGGUUUCUGACUGCCUUCAUCAACAUUUUCUGGGUUUUGAGUCAUUUUUUGUGGUAAAAUUGCUGAUGGCUAUUACCAAGGUGUACAUGUAGAAAGGGAAGGUGAGCAGUCAACAAACAGGAUUUUGGGGACCAUGUAAAGGUGGAGGGUGGUAAAAGCAUCUCUGAUCUCCAGUCAACAGAAAAAGAUGACAGCAAACAAUUACGUACUUAUUGUGAAAGAGCAAUUGCACAGGCCUGACAAUGCUUGUUUUUUCCCCUGUGGAUGUUAGAUUUAACCAGAACUAGAAUGAGAAGUGUUAACUUAUGGUCAAGUAAACUAUUACCUGUCUUGGGAGUACAUUGCUGGUGUCUCAGCUUUUGGUUGGGAGAAGUCAUCCUUCAGGGUAGUUCAAACUGUAUUGUGGAUGCUGUGGCUGGAAGGAGGAGGCAGUGUGCCUGCUGGGAUGUACCUCUGGUUCUCUCUGAGGCCCUGGAUGAAAUCCCCUCCAGUACAGAGUAGCUGAGAUGGGCUGGCAUGCAAAUGUUACAAGAAGAAUUAAUUUUGAGAUGCGCCCUCCAAGCCUCUGCUCACAAGGACCAAAAAGCAUCUAUGUCAAUUUCAGAGUCAGACUUAGUUGAAGAUCACUUAAAAUCCAGAUAACUGAGGGAGGUUAAAUAGCCAUCACAAUUAUUGGGGUGGGGAUUCACUGCUGUUGCUUCACCAGUAUGACUUCAGUGUUUUGUGUUUUCUCAGUAGCAUCCCUAGGAUUCUGUUUUGCAAAGGUUUCUUUCUACAGAAUGCGUGGGUCAAAGAAUCAAGUGAUGGGGGGCUGGUUUAGCCUGUGUGAAUGUUUUGGACCCAUGUUCUAAAGAUGUGGGUAGUGGAGAGAUGUGAGACUACCAAGGCCUCAUGGCUGUUGAAGAGUUGCAAUGGUCCUGCAGAGGAUUUUCCUCCUACGAAUACUUUUCUCUUGUUUGCUUCUGGUUCUGCUGAUUGUAAGUGUAGGCAUCUCCAGGAAGCAGGCUAACUAGGGAAGGAGGGACUGUUCAGAGUUGAUCGAGCACUUUAAUACUUCUGUGAAGGUUAAGACAAUUAGAAUGUAAAAGAAGUUUUAUUAUAAGCUCUUUAUAUACGCACAAUGCUAUGUAUAACUGUUGCCAAAGAGUUGGGUUUGAAGGAUGUUGGUAGCUAUCAAGAGAGUCCGUGAUGCUCACCUGGAACCACGAAGGUCGUAGGAUGCUUCUGAAAUGAAUGGAUUUUGGGAGUUAUCUUCUGACAGUUGCCAAAGCAAUUGGAAACUGGGAAUAGAAUAAAUUUCUACUCUCGAAUUUGUAGUUUUUGAUCCUUGCACUGAAUGUAGGAGCUAGAAAUUAGCUUGAUAAUUAAAAUUGGAUUUAUACCUGAAUAGUUUUGUUGGUCUGAGACUCGUUUUAUUGCCUUCAAAGAUUGAUGUUGAUGCACUAAUGUGUGGAAAUAGUUGUUUCUCCAUGUAAAUGAAGGGCAGUUGUUGAAACGUGGACUGCUGAACAGGCAAUAUAGCACUUUCUGGAUUGCUUAGAAAGCAAGUCUGACAACAUCACUAACAACAACCCCCCACGUUCUCUGGCAUCAACAUCUGAAGCUGUUAAUAAAUGUCAAACUCAAGUUGGGUGAUAUGUCAAGGCAUCACUGAGGAAGGAUAGGAAUGGAGAAAAUGAAUUCAACUAGUGAAGUGUUUCAAGAUGAAUCCAACAACUACGAGGUGAUGCUUCUGGAUGACCUGUGUGAACUGGGAUGCUCCAAAAACAAAUAAGGUAGAUGACCACACACCCACAUGCUGUGGUUCAAACAAUUAUUCCCCAAAGGUCCCCAUCCCCAGCUGCACCAAAAGACUGAAACAGUUUGUAAACUUUUUGCAUAAUUGUAUUUGUCUGCUUCAGAAUCUGCUGCUGAACUGUGUUUUUUCUGGACCCUCUUUGGGGACAGAAGCAAAACAACAACAAAAAAUACAUAAAGUUGAUCAAAGUUGGAUAACACUUGCAGAAGAUGUUGGAGGGAACUUGGGACAUGCUGUGUCUCCUAGAGCUCCUUCCACUUGGAUACUUAAUGGGUCAGACUAGGAUCUGCCCUAUCGGUUGGGACGUGUUCAUGUUUUAUCCUUAAUCUUAUUCACUGUUCUCUGUAUUUGUCCUUUGGUAUGUUAUCACCAAAAUGACCUAAAAGGAAAAAAUGAGAAUUGGCUCAAAUUUUUGUGCGUUCCUCCAAAACUUCAGUGUUUUCACUGCUUCCGAUGCCAUCUCCUGACAUAGCUCUCAUCUUCUCCAGCCCUCCCCUGGAAGCUCUCUGGCAUCCCCAACUGCAGGAAUGCUGACAAAAUGCUGAGUGGGUAUUUUUCUCUGGAGAACACAAGGCUGUGUUUGAGCAGCAGCGUGGCAGCGGCUGCUCCCUUGGGGCUCCCUCUGCCAUAAUAGGCAAUUAGGAAGGAUUUGUAAUUGUCCUGCUGUUGCGCUGUCUUCUGCAUCUCUUUAGUUGAUUACUUUAUGGCACAGUGUUCCAGUUGGGCUGUCAUCUUUUUCAUCUGUCAUGCUUCCAAAACAACUUAAAUAGGCAGUAUGGGAGGGGUUUGCCCAGUUUUCUAUCUGUGCUGCAGCCUGUGGAUGUUAGAAGAGAAUAACCUUCUCUAAUUGUUUUCAUAUCUAAUUAAGGCAUUUAAAUACCAACCCUGAUCAUUAUACUACUGGCUCUGGCUCUAGCUGCAAAGAGCAAGCCAUCAAUAUGGUGUAAGGAGCAGACAUACAAGGGAGUUGCCUGAGCACAUGCUUAAGAACUACAAAUUAGCACUUUCCUUUUCAGCUUUUGUGUGUUUUUUCCUUCCAAGCAAAGACAAUCCUUGGCUGUGACUCUCUCUCCCUUGUAGAAAACUCUGCAUGAGCUUGGAUCACUUGGCACAGUUAUGAUGCAGUGUUAAAUAUUAAGAGCUUGUCCCAAGGGACGUGCUGCCUUCUGCUCCCCAUCUGCAUCUCUGCUGCAAGGAUCUGCUUGCAGGAGGAGGGGAUGCGUGUGGCAUCUCUCUCCUCCAUGUGACAUCCUUGCUGCUACACAAAGCCCAUCAGCAUCCCUUGCUUUGCCCCAAGUGGGAGUCUCAAAGUGAACAAAAUGGCAAGGAGUUGGAAAAAAAAUAGUUGGCAAUUGAAUUCUUUCCUUCUAAACCUCUGAGCUCUGCUGAAUUUUUGCUUCUUGCAUGCCAGAACAAAAGGGCUCUGGCAGCAGCGGAGCUAUGCGAUCUGGGCUUUGCUGAAAACCAUUGUAUCAAAUUCAGCAGCCUAGAGUAUUGGUUUCCGUGCUCAGGAGCUCGCUGAUGGGCUGUGAUCAGCUGUCACCGUGUCUAUCAGCAACAAUCGGUGUUUCAGCAUCAAAUUUACAUCAGUUUCACCAGAUUGGAUGACUUGGGCAGUUUCUGCCAUUGUCUAUAUUGGCAGUGGUAGUUUAACAUGGCCGUGCUGGUCCUGCCCAGUGGAGCAAAGGGUGCAGCCCUUGAUGUGGACAUCUGAGUGACACGGCUGAGCUCACACAGUGUGCCCUUCCUCCAGGAACUGCUUACCUUUAGGAGCAGUUUGGCCACCUUUCCAUUUCAUUUUUUUAUAAAUCAAAUAUGUGUCACCCUGUAUUUCUGAGCUUCUCAAAUUUGGGACCAUGGCAGUCCCAUCCUAGGUGGGAGAAAGCAUGAUACAGCUGCAGAGAGUGAGAGUGAGAAACCCAUCGUGCUGUUGACCCCUUCAGGAUCUCAGCUUCGUGCAUUUGGUGGAGCUGCUCUAAUUCAGUGAGUCAGAUGGCUUUGUGCUCUGUUACUUUCAGAAUUUAGUCUGUUUUCCUCCAUCCUCUUCAACGAUGUGGGGCUGUACCUUUUCUCCACACAGGAAUUACCCUUAAAAGCAGGGCUUGUCUUAAAGUAAGACACCCAGCAACCCUCCCUCAACGUGUGUUCUUACAUCAAUGCAAACCAAACCCCUUUCCCCUUGGUUCCACCUGAGGAAGCAUUUGAGAUGCAGCCCCUUUCUCAUUUUCCCCCAUUCUCCUCUCAAAAUCAUUAAGGCUGGAAAAGACCCCUAAGAUUCCCAAAUCCAACCCCACCACAUCCCUCAGUGCCACUUCUCCUGCUGCAUAGCACAUAGCUGGUUAAACACUUCUGGGUUUGGUGUCUGGGAGGUUUCCACCCCAGGUUGCUGGGGGAGGUAUUGUGAGGGAAAGCACAAGUUCCUAUUUAUGGAGAUAGGACCUAUAGAUGUUGCACUUGCUAAAUACGCUCUCAAAGCGCAUGCCUCUAUCUAGUGUUGAUUUUACAGUGGAUGAUUUCUUUUGAUAAGAGUUGCUUGGGAUGUGGGGAGGGGGAGGGAAAGGGAAUUCCUUUAUUGUGUAAGGAA